ACCAUCUUACACACAGAGCAAGAAACAUAAAUUCACUUGGCUGUCCUGUAUCUCUAAGGAACCUGAUGCAUGAGUGGACUAGAGAAGGGGAAGACAGAAAAACUCCAAAGACCUACAUAUCAUCUUACUGGCAGGGUCAAGUUUUCUUCAGAUUGAGACAGAACUGUGGCUCAUGAACAUCUGAUGUGAUAGAAAGAAAGACAAGAACUACAUCUCUUUGACAACCCUUGGGAUACAGAGAAAUGAAGAGUGCUGCUUUGCACAGCAGGAACCAGUGACAACGUGAAGAAAGGCUAAAGACAGGCAGAGGAAGACAGAUCUUUUGUCUAAAAUCAGGUCCAAGAACAUACUCAACACUCUUAGAUAUCUUGAGACCUCAGAGUGACUACAAAAACUGACCAACGACAGCAUUUUUUACAAUAUCACUGGUCUUCUGACAAGUUGAUUAAGUGAAUAGAAAAAAUAAAAAAGAAAAACGAAGCUACUUUCAAGUAUUGAAGAUACAAGACCAGGAUGAACACGAAGGACGGAAAAGUGUCUGAAGGAGGUCUCAAUGUCACGCUUACCAUACGCCUUCUCAUGCAUGGCAAGGAGGUUGGAAGCAUUAUCGGAAAGAAAGGUGAGACAGUGAAGAAGAUGAGAGAGGAGAGUGGCGCUCGAAUCAAUAUUUCAGAAGGCACUUGUCCAGAGAGAAUUGUGACAAUAACAGGCCCAACAGAUGCAAUUUUUAAAGCUUUUUCUAUGAUUGCACUAAAAUUUGAAGAGGACAUAAACGCUUCAAUGACGAACAGCACGGUGACAAGCAAACCGCCCGUAACACUGCGGCUCGUCGUCCCGGCAAGUCAGUGUGGAUCCCUUAUAGGAAAAGGAGGUUCCAAAAUCAAAGAAAUCAGGGAGUCCACAGGAGCCCAGGUGCAGGUAGCGGGGGACAUGCUGCCGAACUCGACGGAGCGCGCAGUGACUAUCUCGGGCACUCCCGACGCCAUCAUCCAGUGUGUGAAACAGAUAUGUGUGGUUAUGCUGGAGUCCCCACCCAAAGGUGCCACCAUCCCCUACCGUCCCAAACCUGCCUCUGCACCUAUCAUUUUUGCAGGUGGCCAGGUAAGAGCAGACACCAUUUUGGCUUCAGCUGGAAACCACACCGUCUUGGCCCAACCUCAGCCAGCGCCUGCAUUCACGAUUCAAGGGCAGUAUGCCAUCCCUCAUCCAGACGUGAGUCCAGCACAUUUGACCAAGCUUCACCAGUUGGCUAUGCAGCAUCCCCCCUUUACUCCCCUUGGGCAGACCACCCCUGGUUUCCCUGGACUGGAUGCCACUACUCCAACCAGUUCCCAUGAACUUACUAUUCCCAAUGAUUUAAUAGGCUGCAUUAUUGGCAGACAAGGCAGUAAGAUAAAUGAAAUCAGGCAGAUGUCAGGAGCGCAGAUCAAGAUUGCUAAUGCCACAGAAGGCUCCGCAGAACGACAAGUUACAAUCACAGGAUCCCCUGCAAACAUCAGCUUAGCACAGUACCUCAUUAAUGCAAGCUUAGAGAUGGCUAAAGUCAGCACCCAGACCGCUUCCGUCACGACCCCUGUUGACCUCAACAUGAACCUCUCUCAGUCUGCCACCCCUACCUCCACCCCCACCUCCAUGGCUGUGCUGGCGGCCGCCUCCGCCGUUACCGUCAGUACCCCCCCUCCCCUACCAACUCUGCCAACCACCCACUAUGCCGUUCCUGUCUCCAGUCUGCUUGGCAUGAAAACUGUCCCACUCCUGGCACUAAAUGCCGCGGCCGCUGCGGGGGCCACGGGGAGUUUGUCCGCUUACACUGCCAAAAUUCCUUCGACGAGCGGGGUUAAGAAAUCUGACCGCCAGAAGUUUGCUCCAUAUUGAAGGGAUGAGACACACAAUGCAAGCUUUGCCAGCUCUACCAAGAGUCUGUGGUAGAUCCUAGUUAUCAAGGAAACAAUACGGCAUCUUUUAUUUUCUGUUAAAUUGCUAGUGUUAACUGUUGCCAACUCAAGUCGUCUUCCGCUCUCCAUAACAACUAACACCCAGGCACCACCUACCAACUAGUUCCAACAGCGAGCAGACACCAGCCUGGGCUCCUUCUCCCCCAACACUGCCCCUCUGGCAGGGUGGCAGCCAGGCAGGGUUGCCCCCACCCCAGCAAGGAGAAAUGUGAAAGAGACAGAAAACACAUAAAUGAGGCAAAAUUUUGAAAGCCAGGUCCUGCUCCAGCAAUACUGCCCAGCAUAUAAAUACACUUAUUUGCAGGUAUCCCUCCAACUCCAGAACAGUUCCUUAUGCAAACUGGCAUCUCUGAUGACUUUUUCUAUUGCUAGGACCUGCAAAUCUGGCACUUCUGACGAUCACUUGCGCCCCUGAAAUCCCACAUGAAGUGCUGUUGGCCCCCUCAAUUGUUCUUCUGCUACCAGUAGGCCUGAAAAUCCCUGUCCCCCUGCCCUGAGACCUGCCUGCAAGCAGGAGAGGGAGGCUACAAAGUACCGAACCUGAGGUACUUCUGCAUACAAAAAAAAAAAAGUACAGAUGAAGCUUUCUGGUCUGACAAAAACUGCUAAAUUAAAAUGAUUGGAAAACAACAAGGAAAAAAUUAUCAGGCACCUGUGCCAUUCCACUUCAUUCUUUUAAAGGGUGCAACAAUUUUUCUCUGCUUUGGAAAAACAUAUUUUUAAGAACUCUGCUUUAGGGAGGGAGAGUGGGAGGGAGAGCAGGCUCCUUGUUUUGGUGUCAGAUGUUUUAUAUAUACCGACAAAGUACUUAUUUCUUUAAGUACUUAAGAGCAGGUGCAAAUCAGAUAUGCAGUCACUAUUCUGGUACCUCCUCCCAUGUAUAUUUUAUUCAACCAAAAUGACCUUUUUUUUUUUUGUUAGGUUUCUGUACAAAAGACAUCCCUGUCUAACUCACCACCAGUCAUGCAGUCAGGUUGUAUUGUAAUCAUGAAAAUGAUGUAGCGCUUAUCAAAGGUCAUUCAGAAGUUGCUGCUUGGACAGAUACCAUCCCUUUAACAAGAACUUAAGGAUGUUCUCAUUACAGACACCUAAUUGCAACCAAAGCCAAGAGAGCUGUGGGAUGGAGUGGCUGGUUGCUAGCUGUUGGAACUAGUUCUUAACUGCAUUUUCUGUUUGUCCAUCCACCUUCCUUUUAAUUUCUGUUGCAUAACUCAGUAAUGCAAUAUUGUUUUCCUCACCACUUCCAAAUCCAGAAUCCCAUUAGCCUGCCAUGUUCAUCCACUUUGCACUCCUUGGACACAAAGCUUUAACAAUUGAACUGUAUUCAGUGCAUUUUAAUAUAAACUAAAAACACAAUGCAAAUGCAAUACUUUUUAAAACAUGGUAUUUCAAAGUGUGUUAUUGUAUAGGGCUAAGUACUAUCUCAGUAUUUUGUGUCAUUUCUGUAUUCUGUGGGCUUUUCUUCACCUUAGCACCUUUGCACUAAGUUUUGUCACUGUAAUCAUUUGUAGACCUGCCAUUGUUACAGUUUGCAUUUAUCCAAACGAGGUUUUUGGUUGCUUUUGUUGGGGGUUUUUUGUUUUGGUUUUUUGUUUGUUUUGGGCCUUUUUUUGGUUGUAUUCUUUUUAUUUUUUUUGUUGUAUAUAAUGAAGGAAAAACUGGAAAUCAUUUCAAGGUACCACAACUAUUCAAAAGCUCUAGAAAACUGCUGUAAAACUGUUCUGGGCUAUUGUAACUGUUUCAAUAAUUGACAUUUAAGAAAAGAAAAAACAAACCACCAACCUGUGUCAGAAAACUUGCCUGCACUGAAAUGCUGUUCUAUGCUGGUUGUACUCAAGUGGUAUUUUUGUAAUAGUGAGAAGAUUUUUUUUCUUUUUUUUGCCUUUUUUUUUUUUUUUAUUUUC